ACAAAAACCUCCUGAGGGUGCCCACCUCUCUCUUAGGUUCCAGUGUCGUGUGUCUGUGAGAAGUGAAACACUCGCCUGCACAGCAGACCAGUUGGGAUUUCUGACAGAGUAGCUCCAGUCUUGCUCGCCAAAACAAUCAGUUCUCAGUUCAGCGAUGGGGAAUUCGACGGGCAGCACCGUGGAUGACCUGCAGGCUGUUGAAAUGCAUCUGUGGUAUAAGAAGUUCAUGACUGAGUGUCCAUCUGGUCAGCUCACGCUGCAUGAGUUCAAACAGUUCUUCGGGCUCAGAGGUCUGGAUCAAGAGGCCAAUGCCUACAUCGAGCAGAUGUUCCGCACAUUUGACAUGAACAAGGACGGUUAUAUAGACGUCAUUGAGUAUGUGGCUGCUCUCAGUCUUGUAAUGAGAGGCAAAAUGGAGCACAAACUGCACUGGUAUUUCAGACUUUAUGAUGUUGAUGGCAACGGCUGCAUAGACAGACACGAGCUCCUGAAUAUCAUAAAGGCCAUCCGUGCCAUCAAUGGAAGUGAGUCGCAGGAAUCGAGUGCCGAGGAGUUCACAAACAGAGUGUUUGAUAGGAUCGACGUCAAUGGAGAUGGGGAGCUGUCGCUGGAGGAGUUUGUAGCAGGGGCACGUACUGAUGAAGAAUUUAUGGAGGUGAUGAUGAAGAGUUUAGACCUUUCGCACAUUGUGGCCAUGAUCCAUAACCGGAGACACAGCGUCUAAGAGACAGUCCACAGUCAUAUAUGCCACUUACAGUUCUCCUUUAGAGUCUCUUGAUCAGAAAACAAGAGCAACACACAUCUGUCUAAUUCUGAAAGCACUUUAAAGCACAAUCACUUCAAACAGAGACUUGAGCUAAAGAGGCCAAGAGAUGAAAUUGGUGUGGGACGUCCCACAUCUAAUAAACUCAGUUUCCCAAAAACAGCCUUCUUGCUAAGCAGAAAGAGGCUUCAUGGGAAAAGAAUCAGUAUGAUGUGGACGUUUUAUAGAUUAUACAUUUAUAGUUGUAUUUUUGUUACUUUAUUA